AUGAGCCCUAAGCCGUGCGUCCCGGCAAGCAUCGAGGGCACACAGGAUCCCAAGGCGAUAGCGGAACUGUUCAGUUCGCAUUUUCAGGUGCGAUCGCCUUUGAAAAAUCGGUGUCGAGCUGUUGAGGUCGUCGUGUCCGGUGUACCCAAACGUAUCACCGCUAAAAAUGUCGAGCUAACAAUUAAAGGAAUGACGCGAGGAAAGUCACCCGGACAUGACGGCCUCAGCAUCGAGCAUUUCUCUUAUGCUGGCCCGCAUCUCCCGAGGCUGCUGGGUUUGUUAUUUACACUCUGUAUCAGGCAUUCCUACUUGCCACCGGAUCUAAUGAGGUCUCUUGUGAUUCCCAUUGUUAAAAACAAGACUGGUGACCUAGGGGUUAAAAAUAACUAUCGGCCUAUCACGUUAGCUACAACUGCAGCAAAAAUACUUGACGGUCUGAUUGAGUUGUCUCGGGCGUAUAGGUUGGAAUGCGGGGUGAGGCAGGGUGGCCUGUCCUCGCCUUCGCUUUUUAAUCUGUACAUAAAUCAGUUGAUCGUGGAGCUCAGCAGCGCCGGCGUCGGAUGCUCCAUCGACGGGUGCACUGUAAACAGUAUUAGCUACGCGGACGACAUGGUGCUGCUGAGUCCUUCGGUUGCCGCUUUAAGACGACUGAUCGUGAUAUGUGAGGAAUAUGCGAACACUCAUGGCCUCGUGUACAAUGUAAGCAAGAGCGAGUUAAUACUGUUCAGAGCUAGAGGUCGUAAGAGGGAACAUAUUCCUCCUAUAAAAUUAAAUGGCGUGGAUCUACGUAGGGUCUCGUCCUUCAAGUACCUCGGACAUGUGGUCACUGAGGACUUGAAGGAUGACAAUGAUAUUGAAAGGGAGCGAAGGGCGAUGGCAGUCCGUGCCAACAUGCUGGCCCGCAGAUUUGCGCGAUGUAGUACAGAUGUGAAAAUCACACUCUUUAAGGCGUACUGCCAGUCGUUCUACACGUGCAAUCUGUGGAUUAGUUACACGCAACGGGCUAUCAGCGCUCUUCGCGUCCAAUAUAAUAAUAGGCUUGACAUUGAACUAGACAUCAUAGUACUGACCAAAUGUUGGUUAAGGAAAGAGAUGACCCCGCCUAACAUAGAUAACUAUAAUGUGUACUACACGCGAAAACUAUUAAACCAAAACGAUGGCAUAGUAAUCUACGUUCGUAACUCCCUAUCUGCCGUCUGCUAUGAACCCGAAGUGUCCGAUGACCACAGCCCUAUUCUUCUGCAAGUGAAAGACUCCUGUAUUACGAAAAAUUCUAGCAAACGUACUAAACAAACCAUUGAUUACAAUAUGGCAUUAAGCAAAAUCAGCUCCACCGAUUGGUCUUACUACUACACACUUCAAGAUGUGAACCAAAGUGCCGAAUUUCUUGUGAACACUAUUAAAAGUGUCAUCAAAGAAUGUACCGGCACAAGACAAGUAUCCAAAAAAAAAGCCCCUCUCAAACCUUGGAUCACUGUUGGUAUUGUGAGAUCAAUACGGAAGAGGGAUAAGUUGCACUUUAGAACUAAACAUAGACCUGACGAUGAUCUAGCAAAAAUUACUUAUAUUAACUACAGAAAUGCUUGUAAUAAAUUAAUAAAAUCUCUAAAACAACAAUAUUAUGAAACUAAACUACGGAAUAGUGACAAAGAUAUCAAAAAGAAGUGGACAGUUAUAAAAGAAAUUUGCAACUUAAAAACUAAAAACGAAACACCAAAUGAACUACUUAACAUUGAUAACACGCCAAUAUCCUCACUCAAUAAAGUCAAUAGAUACUUCACACAUAUUGGUCAGCACCUAGCCGAAGUCAUCUUACAGAAUCUCAACAAAUCAGAAGAUGAGUUAGCAAGAGAAGCAAGCACACAGCAUACCAAAAAUGCUUACUCAAUGUCGCUUACACCUACUGAUCCCUAUGAAAUAACUAAAAUCAUAAAUGACAUAAAAUCGGACUGUUCCCCGGGCUAUGAUAAUAUUACUAGUAAAUUAGUCAAAUUAUCAAAAGAACACCUAGCCCACCCAAUAACACAUCUCUGUAAUCUAAGUCUUGAACAAGGUAUAUUUCCAGACCAGUUCAAGACUGCAAUCAUUUCGCCAGUUUUCAAACCAAUACUUUUAUCGAAGCUGGAAGCAAUGGGAAUCCGCGGCCAAGUUCACAAAUGGUUCCAGAGCUAUCUCGAGCGACGACAACAGUACAUUAGAGUGCAUAAACUUGCAGAAACAGGACUCAAGAGUGUGACAGCCUGGUUGGAAAACAAUUUACUGACCCUUAAUGGUGCUAAAACCAAAUAUCUCUGUUUUUCUAAAUCUGAAAACAAUUAUCCAAACCAAGAACAAACUAUUACCCUUCAUACAUUCCCUUGUAACAGAGAUCAGUCGAGUAAAUGCAACUGCAACAUGCUUACAAGAGCAAAAAGUGUUCGAUAUUUAGGUAUAGAGGUGGAUGACAAUCUAAGCUGGAAGGAACAUAUCGCGCACAUUUGUUCACGG